AUGUCGGUGUCCCUGUCCAGCAUCCCUGUAAUGCUGAAGGAGAAGAGCUAUCCAGCCGGCAUGCUGAAGGGCAGUCCUGCCCGGAGCUUCUACCCAGUUCCUCUCCCCGGCCCUCAUCACUAUGUGGACUUCUUCCCGCGUACGCACAACCUUCUCCACCCGCUGAAGUCCCUCGGUCGUCUGGUGUCGGACGCUCAGGCUUCCCUGCCGCUCAGCCUGCACGGCGGGGCCACUCCCUUUCUCGGCCAGGCCGGCCACAACGCCUCGGUCCUCCACGAACACAUGUUGAGCGCCUCCAGCAUCCCGUAUCUGAGCCAGAUGUUGCCCGGACACCCACUCUACUCCAAACCGGAGGAGCUGGCUGCUGUGGUGACCGAACACGCCGCCGGUCCGCUGUCUUCAGACUUCAGCAGCCCGUCCAGUGAACGGUCUUCUUCUGCUCCUACAUCCGCCAACACACCGCCCAAGGAGAGCUUCCUUCGGCUCCGGAGCGCGGACCAUUCACCAGAGAAAAAGGGCGCAUCGUACAACUUCAGUGAGGACGACUUGUUCACGGUGCUCUACGGAUACUCCGGCAGCCAGGAGCGUAGCGUGGGUCACGCCAUAUCGGGAGUGGCCCUGCCGGAAAACUCAAUUUCUGACUCACACAUUUUCCCACUGGACAAAGAAACUCUUGAACUUCCAGAGGGGUUAACCAUCCUCCAGGCAUCCUGGGGAAACGCUUCGAGCUGUGGUGUUUUUGCGGAUAAACGCAGUAUUCCUAAAGGCGCCCGUUUUGGACCUUUCCAAGGAAAACUGGUCAACACCAGCGAAAUUAAAAUAUACGACGAUAACACCUUGAUGUGGGAGGUGUUUGAGAACGGCCGCCUCAGUCACUUUGUGGACGGAAGAGGGGGAUCUGGAAACUGGAUGUCUCUGGUGAAGUGCGCUCGCUUUCCCGAGGAGCAGAACCUGGUCGCCGUGCAGGUCCAGGGCCAGAUAUUUUACGAGGCCUGCAAGGAGAUCACGCCAGGCCAGGAGCUUUUGGUGUGGUACGGAGACUGCUACAUCCAGUUCCUCGGGAUCCCCCUCACACUGAAAGACCCCAGAGAGGACAGCAACGCGGUGCCUCCCUCUGAAGAUGCAAGCGAAGGCUUCAAGUGUGACAGAUGUGGGAAGGUGUUUGCGUACAAAUACUACAGAGACAAACACCUGAAAUAUACGCGCUGCGUGGACCAGGGGGACAGGAAGUUUCCGUGUCACCUCUGCAACAGAUCUUUCGAGAAGAGGGACAGAUUACGGAUCCACAUCCUCCACGUCCACGAGAAACACAGACCUCACAAGUGCUCGGUUUGUGGGAAAAGCUUCUCCCAGUCCUCCAGUCUCAACAAACACAUGCGCGUGCACUCGGGUGAACGUCCGUACAAGUGUGUCUACUGCAAUAAGGCCUUCACUGCCUCCAGCAUUCUGCGCACACACAUCCGCCAGCACUCCGGCGAGAGGCCCUUCAAGUGCAAGCACUGCGGGAAGGCCUUCGCCUCCCACGCCGCCCACGACAGCCACGUCCGUCGGACGCACGCCAGAGACAAGCCGUAUCCAUGCGAGCUGUGCGGAGCGUCUUUCCAAGAAGAGCAGGAGCUUAAAUACCACAUGAAAAGCCACAAAAAAAGGCAAAUCUUGGACAGCACCAUUCUCCCGUCUUCUCCGGAGAGAGGAUUGCAGGAGGAGUCCCUGUUUCCGCUGAAGGACCAUCAGAAGAAUAGCGGACAAAACUUUCCUUACAGCGGCUUAACAGUUUUAAAUCCAGAAUAUCGGCCCUGGAACUAG